UAAAGUCUUUCUCCAUUAUCUGAAGAUCUUCUAAACAAUCAAAGCUUGGUGGGAUAAAUCUAUGGCGGUUGGGUUAGCCAUAACAAGUGAAGGUGGCCAAUACAAUGGCAGGGUAACGUUGAUCCUCCUCCUUUCAUGCAUGAUGGCAGCCAUUGGAGGAAUCAUCUUUGGCUAUGAUCUUGGGAUUUCAGGAGGAGUGACGUCCAUGGAGCCAUUUCUGAGAAAGUUUUUCCCAAAAGUUUACACAAAGAUGAAAGAAGACACCAACAUCAGCAAUUACUGCAAAUUCGACAGCCAAUUGUUGACUUCAUUUACGUCUUCACUCUACAUAGCUGGCCUUAUUUCGUCUUUCUUCGCAUCGCCGGUGACUCGAGCCUUUGGUCGCAAGCCGUCUAUCCUUAUAGGGGGAGUGGCAUUCCUCGCUGGUUCAACCCUUGGCGCUGCUGCUUUGAAUGUGUACAUGUUGAUAUUCGGUCGUGUCUUGCUAGGCGUUGGGGUUGGAUUUGCGAACCAGUCAGUCCCAUUGUAUAUCUCUGAAAUGGCACUUCCCAAGCACAGAGGAGCAAUGAACAUUGGCUUCCAAUGCGGUGUCGGCCUCGGCGUUCUUUCGGCUAACGUUAUAAACUUCGGCACCGAAAAGAUCGAAGGCGACUGGGGCUGGCGUAUCUCCUUGGCACUCGCAGCAUUACCGGCCUCGAUCCUAACAAUAGCAGCACUUCUCCUCCCUGAAACUCCCAACAGCCUAAUCCAAAACAGCAAUGAUCCCCUAAAGGCCAAAACCGUGCUGCAACGCAUACGCGGCACCGCUGAUGUCCUAGCCGAACUGGAUGAUCUCAUCGAAGCGAGCUCGAUUUCGAAAACCAUCAAACACCCAUUUCGGAAAAUCACACAAAGAAAAUACAGGCCACAAUUGGUAAUGGCAAUAGCUAUACCAUUUUUCCAACAGGUAACAGGCAUAAAUGUGAUCACAUUUUAUGCUCCAAUACUAUUCAGGACAAUUGGCCAAGGUGAAAGUGCUGCGCUCAUGUCUGCAGUUGUGACCGGCCUUGUCGGUACAACCGCGACCUUCAUAUCGAUGCUUACAGUCGAUAAACUCGGGCGAAAGGCCUUGUUUAUGAUUGGGGGAAUCCAAAUGUUGGCGACGCAGAUAACCGUCGGCGUAAUUUUGGCUGCUUUGUUAGGGGAUCAUGGUGGAUUAAGCAAAGGGUAUGCAUACCUAGUUUUAGGUUUGAUUUGUGUAUAUGUAGCUGGUUUUGCAUGGUCAUGGGGACCCUUGGGGUGGCUAGUUCCUAGUGAGAUUUUCCCAUUGGAGAUUAGAUCAGCAGGGCAAAGCAUUACAGUGGCAGUGGGAUUUCUCUUCACAUUCAUCGUUGCACAAUCUUUUCUAGCCAUGCUCUGCCGAUUCGAGUCCGGGAUUUUCUUCUUUUUCGGGGCAUGGGUGGCGUUGAUGACCGCGUUCGUGUACCUUUUUUUGCCCGAGACGAAGAAUGUUCCGGUCGAACAAAUGGGAAAAGUGUGGAGGGAACAUUGGUUCUGGAAAUCAAUUGUUGGAGAGGUGGAUUAUGAUGAGAAGAAGGCUUGCACACAAUUGCCAUGGCACAAUGCAAAGUAAAUUAUGUUAAUUUAGACCUAUUGAUAAUGUUAUAAACGUUGAUGGAUUAAAUUAUGUUAAGUUAAAAUAGAGGGAUUAAAUAUCAAAUUCCAAUAUUGUUGAGGGAUUAAAACCUAAAUUAGUCAUUUAAUUUUCCAGCUAACGUGUAGACAGUCAAAGGGGACGUGGUCCAUAAUUUCUUAAAUUUUGUCACAAUCAAAGCUAUAAAUGAA